GUGCGCUUUCACUCCGGUCUCGAGCCUCGGCUUGAGUGUGUGUGUGCGCGCGCGUCUCGGUGAACUCGGCCGGUGACAGCGCGAGCCAUGGCGGGGGACUGCACGGACCAGCGCGCGCUGCAGUAUGAGCAGACUCUGAUGUAUGGGCGCUACACACAGGAUCUGGGUGUGUACGCUAAAGAAGAAGCAGCUCGGCUGAGGGAGGAGGCGGCGUACAGACGACUGGUGACCGAACGGAGCAGAUCGCUCGACCUCCUCGAGUACGAGAAGAGCCGCUGCGCCAAGUGCAGAAUCUGUACAGUACACUGUCAGAAGUUCCUGAUCUCUCGUGUCGGGGAGGACUGGAUCUUCCUCAUCCUGCUGGGCCUCGUCAUGGCCCUCGUCAGCUUCAUCAUGGACUUCUGUAUCGCCAUCUGCCUACAAGCUCAGAAGUGGAUGUACGGAGGCCUGGACAGUAACGUGGUGCUGCAGUAUCUGGCCUGGAUUACGUAUCCUGUGGUUCUAAUCAGCUUCUCUGCUGGUUUCACACACAUCGUAGCUCCACAAGCGGCUGGUUCAGGGAUCCCGGAGAUGAAGACCAUCCUGAGGGGAGUGGUGCUGAAGGAAUACCUCACCCUCAAGACCUUCGUAGCCAAAGUGAUCGGCCUCACCUGUGCCCUGGGCAGCGGCAUGCCACUGGGCAAAGAGGGUCCGUUCGUACACAUCGCGAGUCUGUGUGCGGCGCUGCUCUGUAAGUUCAUGUCGCUCUGCGGGGGAAAUUAUGAGAAUGAAUCGAGGAAUAUAGAGAUGUUGGCUGCUGCCUGUGCUGUGGGUGUCGGCUGCUGCUUUGCCGCUCCAAUCGGAGGUGUUCUGUUCAGUAUCGAGGUUACCUCCACCUUCUUCGCUGUGAGGAACUACUGGCGUGGAUUCUUCGCCGCUACCUUCAGUGCCUUCAUCUUCAGGGUGCUGGCAGUGUGGAACCGUGAUGAAGAAACGAUAACCGCUCUCUUCAAGACUCGAUUCCGCCUCGACUUUCCCUUCGACCUGCAGGAACUUCCAGCAUUCGCCGUUAUUGGGAUAGCGAGCGGGUUCGGUGGUGCCCUCUUCGUGUAUCUGAAUCGACUGAUCGUCCAGUUCAUCAGGAAGCAGAAGACCAUCAACAAGUUCCUCAUGAAGAAGCGUCUCCUGUAUCCUGCUCUUGUCACCCUCCUGAUCUCCACCUUGACCUUUCCACCUGGAUUUGGACAGUUUAUGGCAGGACAGUUGACCCAGAAGGAAUCCCUGGUGACGCUGCUGGAUAACCGGACGUGGGCCAAGCAGGGCAUCGCCGAGGAGUUCGAGUACAUCGGGCACGCCGCUGCCUGGAAACACCCGCAGGUCAACGUCUUCAUCACGCUCGUCAUCUUCAUCGUGAUGAAGUUUUGGAUGUCGGCUUUAGCCACCACCAUCCCGGUCCCCUGUGGUGCCUUCAUGCCCGUCUUUGUCAUCGGUGCAGCUUUCGGGCGCCUGGUGGGCGAGAGCAUGGCGGCGUGGUUUCCUGAGGGCAUCCAUUCCGACGGUGUGGUGUACUCCAUCGUACCGGGAGGGUACGCCGUAGUGGGUGCAGCGGCGCUGUCCGGGGCGGUCACACACACCGUAUCCACGGCAGUCAUCGUGUUCGAGCUGACCGGUCAGAUCAGCCACAUCUUACCCAUCAUGAUCGCGGUGAUCCUGGCCAACGCCGUGGCUCAGAGUCUCCAGCCGUCCAUCUACGACUCCAUCAUUCGCAUCAAAAAACUGCCGUAUCUACCGGAGCUGGGAUGGGGACACCACGAGAAGUACAACAUCCGGGUGGAGGACAUCAUGGUGCGGGACGUGAGGUACAUCACGCUCAACUGUACCUACAGAGACCUUCACGACGUCCUGCUGACAGAACGGCUCAAAACGCUGGCUCUGGUGGAGUCCUCGGAUUCGAUGAUCUUGCUGGGCUCGAUCGAGCGCGCUCAGUUGCAGGCGAUCUUGUCCACUCAGCUCGGCCGGCCGCGGAGACUCGAGUACCUCCGUCAGCAGGCCCAGAUGGAGAGGAAGCACGCCAACACGCCCAGCGACGAGGACUCGGGUCAUAAAGUCAACCACGAGGUUCGCUUCCAGAUCUCGACGGAGGAAUCGACGUUCAGUCCGUCACGCUCGGCCUCGCCCAAACCGCUAAAACCUGCGCUGAAGAGACAGUCGACCGAGAGGAGCUACCACAUAGCAUCCAGUCCAGAUUCGGGGAUGGCCUUAAAGAGUCUCUUCUGCGCCCAUCCAGACAUCGAAGCUUCAGAGGAUGCAGACUUUGUGGAUGACAUGACCAUGAGAGAGAUCGCGGAGUGGGAGGAGCAACAGCUUGACGAGCAGGUCAACUUCAACAACUGUAAGAUAGACCCCGCCCCUUUUCAGCUGGUGGAACGCACCUCGCUGCACAAGACACACACCAUUUUCUCUCUGCUGGGGUUGGACCACGCCUACGUCACCAGCAUCGGACGCCUCAUAGGAGUCGUGUCACUACGAGAACUACGUAAGGCCAUCGAGGGCUCUGUGACGGUGAAGGGGGUGAAGGUGCGCCCCCCGCUGGCCAGCUUCAGGGACAGCGGCACCAGCAGCAGCGACGCCGAUGUGACCGAGGUGCACAAACUGUGGAGCCGCCACACCAACCUCACGCUCCCGGGGGACCAGCAUCCCUCCGACUCCGACGAAAAGUCCCAGUGACGGAACACGAAGGGAAACGUUUUUCUACGAAAAAUAUUCCGAUUCCGACGUUCCCGGGUUUCCUGGGCAGUCCUGACGACUGUGGUGCCCCGCCACGCCCUGCCCCGCCCUUUCUGCACUGACUUCUUUUCCUCGUAUGAGAAGGUGAGGAGAUUUCGACUCUCCUCGAAGAUUCCGAACCUUGACGGUUUUUUUAAAGGGAUCUACUGACGCUAACGCUAGGGACUUUUUAGAACCUUGACGGAUUAAAUCUGCGCUCGCGUCCCAGUGUUUCGUUUUGUUUUGGAGAGAGACACACUCAGUCUUCCUGACGUUCGCAUCCAAAACAAAAUGAUUACGAUUUUUUAUCGUAUUUUAUUUUUAAGAAAUCACCCCAACGUGCACGUGUAUAUUUUUCUGGAACUAGGAAAUGUAAAUGAAAUAAUUUAUUCGUUAACACUGAUCAUGUGGUCUCUCGAGCACUAACCACUAACCAAUCAGAUUCAUGCACUGCAAAAUAAUAAAUAAAUAAAUAAAUAAAUAAAUAAAUUCUUAGCAAGUGGGAAGAAAUGAAACGAUUCCAAAUUCUGGAAGGAAUUCAUUAUAAGAGGCACUGUUUAUGUUUUAUAUAUUUUUUUAGUCAUUAUAUUUAUUAACGUUUGUGUCUGGAACUGACGUAGCCCCGCCCACAAGUACAAACAUCAUAAAUAUUGACCUUUUUUUUCCCCAAUUUCCUCCCCUAAUCUAGUCGUAUCCGACUACCCUGAUUGCAUUACGCUUCACCUCUACCGAAACGACUCUCCACUUCUGAUUGAGAAGAGCGAACUGACACACGCCCCCUCCGACACGUGAGCAGUACCGACUGCCUCUUUUCACCUGCACCAGGCGAGUUCAUAUGCGGAUCAGCUUUGUGUACGGAGAGCCACACCCUGAUCAGCAUUAUUCCUCAACUCUCAAUCAGCCAGCAGAGGUCGUAAUUGCACCAGUUAUGAGGAACCCUGGUCUGGCUUUCCCAUCCUUGAACAACAGACAAUCGUUGAUCAAGUGGCCGCCCAGCCCAGCCGGAUGGCAGAGCUGAGAUUCGAUACGACGUGUUUGAAAUCCCAGCUCUGGUGCACUAGCGUAUUUUAUAUCAGAAGUUCCAGACAAUUUUUGCUGAUUAUAAUAAAGAUAAAAACUAUUUUACUGACGGAUGUUCCCCCUUUAUCUUCCUAAUUUAUUUGGAGGGGAGUAACUCCAGGUAAAUGCGCUUGUUUUUGGGUUUUGUCCACAUUCUUUUGGCCAAACUGUGUAGAUAUUAGUUCCGUCUUCACUUGCUAAGACGUUUAGUUUUGCAGUGUAAACAUCUCAUUAAAUGAUUUAUUUAUUCAUAGAAAUAAUUUUCUUCUUAUCUUUUUUCUGUUGGUGUUUUUUAUGCAGAAUGUUUCAUGCUUUUAUUUCAUCUUUGCGUCUGAACUAACAGCUUUGGGUCCAAUCACAGGAUGCAGAUCGAGAGUUCAGAUCAGGACUUUAGUUCUGGUUUUUGUUUAUUUAUUAAUAUAUUUUAUUUAUUUAUGAAACUUUUUGACUUCUAGAUGAUCGUAUCAAGUAUUCACAGAGCUUUUACCCAUAGGCAUCCUCCAACAUAGGAUGUAGACUGAACACAGAUUGAUCUUUGUAAUAUUGAAUAUAUCGGUUUGCUUUUCUUGCGGGUGAAACCAUUAGGGUGGAACCAAAUCUACGAGGGUUCCUGCCAUUCUAAAGCAUUCGGUUCCUAGACGGUUCCUACAGUUACACAAAUCUAGUGAUUGGAACGUGUGUUUAUGUCAGGAAAUUGGGGAAACGUCUUAAGCGUAUUUAAAUAUCGUAUGUUGUGAUUACGCUCUUGAUCUUCACUCUGUGGGGCUCAUUUUCCUUCACCCAUUAUUUUAUUGAAACUUUAUUGAAGAUUUGAACAUUCAAAGGAUCCAGUUUUCUCAGUAUGUUCCGUUUUUGUAUGUUUAUUAAAUAAAUUCAGGUCUUUCCUGGUCUUUUCCCUCACUCUUUCACCUCCUACUGACUACUCCGACGUCUGAUUUGGAACUAAACUCUCCAAAAUCAGUGAAGAUCUCAAGGAACCUUUUUUUGAUACCCUUGAUUUAAGGAUGCGGUUCUCUAACAAUCUGAGAUAAAGUUCGAGCUCUGUGAGCAGUAUUUAUGUUCUAAACUUAAUCAGCACUUUUAAUUUUAUUAUUCUUUCAUCAUGAUCCCUGUUCGACAGCUCGAUAAAUAAAAAGAAUGUAAUGAUUUUAAAAUCGUUGGGGCUUUAUCAUCUCUUGAUUUUUUAUUUUAAUAUCGAAUCGAUUGAUUUGAUUCAGUAUUGAUCUGACUCUGUCGUUUCAUCUCUCAUCAGUAAGUUCUCAUUGAUCAGCUGCUCGGCUAUGGAAAGUGGGCGGGGCUUGUAUUUUUGUUAUUGUAAUAUAUUUAUCAUUUAACCAAUCAGCACUGGAAUUACCUUCAGAUCAAAGCGAUCGUCGUGUUUUGUUCUUUCCGUUGUAAAAUGUGUUGGGUUUUUUUGGACUGUUGAACAUUUUAUGGGAGUAUUUUGACAUCAAUUGCCUUUUGACAAGUGCUGCAGAAAUGCGCAUGGUCACAUGGUUUAUUCUGACCAAUAGAAGCACAGAUUUUGUCUGUAUAGUUCAUUGAAUGCAAUUCGUCAAGCCUGCGCGUCUCGUUAACACUUUCUACUUUUUUUUACUUCAGUUAUGGAGUCGAUUCUGUGCCAAAAAUUAAAUGAAUGAAUAAACAACAUUUAAAAACUAAAUAUAUAACAAAUAAAAUAGGCGGCGCCACUUACUAUAUAAAAGCACUUUGUAGUUCUACAAUUACUGACUGUAGUCCAUUUGUUUUUCUGCUUGUCUUUUUUUUAACCUGCUUUCACCCUGUUCUUCAAUGGUCAGGACUCCCACAGGACCACCACAGAGCAGGUAUUAUUUAGGUGGUGGAUCAUUCUCAGCACUGCAGUGACACUGACAUGGUGGUGGAGUGUUAGUGUGUGUUGUGCUGGUGUGAGUGGAUCAGACACAGCAGCGCUGCUGGAGUUUUUAAACACCGUGUCCACUCACUGUCCACCUUGUAGAUGUAAAGUCGAUCGCGCAUCAAUGGCUGGUGUUUGAGUCGGUCAUCUUCUAGACCUUCAUCAAUGGUCACAGGGCGCUGCCCACGGGGCUCUGUUGGCUGGAUAUGUUUUUGGUUGGUGGACUUUUCUCAGUCCAGCUGUGACCGUAAGGUGUAUGGCUGAUCGGUGUAAAUUCACCUUAAAAGAACUGCAAAUUUUUUAUUAUUUCUUUACAAAAUCGACUCCAGGCUUCAAUCACCUAACAACAAAACUCAGAAUAAAUGACUGUAUUUUUUAUUUUAUUUUUGACGUUUGUCACCAUUAGUUUGGAUUAUAAAUGUAUAUUUAUUAACAAUCAUUAAGAAAAAGCUGAUUGAGCAGAACAAUAGGAGUUUAUUUUUGUUCUUAAUGUCGUUAGGAUAUAAAAUAAUGAAUCUGUGCAAUAACAAGAAACGUUUUUUGGUUUUUAAUGUCGUGUGUGUGUAAACGCGCUUCCACUCCGAUGUUAUUUUUGUAAAGAAACUGAACUACACGCCGUCAGCAGGUGAACGUCACUUCAGGGAAGGAGUGCGGAUGGAGAGGAAGACGUGAUCUGUUCCUCAGAGAACUGAACGGUUGUUUUAUAUCAGGGAGAAAAAUAAAGAUAAUUUAACAGAA